AUGGACGACGAGGCCAAGUCUGGUCCUCAAUCGGACAUGAACACCGACGCUGCCCCGGAUGCCGAGGCGGCCGCCGCUCCGCUGCCGCCCUCGAGCUCAGAAACGGCGGAGAGAGAGGAGGCAAAGGUUGAGGAGGCGGAUGAGGAGGGCCAGGUAGUUGAGCGGUUGGUCGAGCUGGUGAGCGAGAUCGCGGCCAUCUCGGACUUCAGGAACUCGUACCGGCGGCAGUUCUGCAACCUGUCCCGGCGGAUCCGGCUCCUCGUGCCCAUGCUGGAGGAGGCCAAGGAAGCGCCCGCGCCGCUUCCGGUGGCGUCGGAGGCCGCGCUACGGCGGCUCAGGGACGCGCUCCACGCCGCCCGGGAGCUGCUCCGGCUCGGCAGCAGCGGCAGCAAGAUCUUCCUGGUUCUUGAUAGAGAGAAAAUAAUGAAGACUUUCCAGGAUGUCACUGCAAGACUUGAACAAGCCUUAGCUGGUAUCUCGUUUGAUGAACUUAAUAUAUCUGAUGAAGUAAGAGAGCAGGUUGAAUUGGUGCAUACUCAGUUCAAAAGAGCUAAGGAACGAUCGGAUUUAUCUGAUGAUGAUCUUUUUAAUGACCUGAUGUCUCUCUAUAAUUCAAGCAGCAGUGCUAGUGUUGACCCAGAUAUUCUUCGAAGGUUAUCUGAGAAGUUGCAGCUUGUCACAAUAUUUGACCUCAAUCAUGAAUCUCUGACCUUGCAUGAGAUGGCUAGUGGCGGUGAUCCAGGUGCAGUUGUUGAAAAGAUGUCAAUGCUCCUCAAAAGGAUUAAGGAUUUUGUGCAGACAGAAGACCCUGAGAUGGGUGCUCAAGCAAGUACAGCAAACAUUUCCCCAAAAGACAACUCAGCACGUCCUGUUAUUCCUGAUGAUUUCCGUUGCCCAAUAUCACUGGAUUUAAUGAAUGACCCAGUUAUUGUCGCCACUGGGCAGACUUAUGAGCGGGGGUACAUAGAGAUGUGGCUGGAGGCUGGCCAUGAUACCUGUCCGAAGACACAGCAGAAGCUUGCCAAUAAAUCCCUGACUCCAAAUUAUGUCCUGCGUAGCCUCAUAACUCAAUGGUGCGAGGCAAAUGGUAUUGAACCUCCAAAACGCCCUGCUCAACUUAGGGAUGCACCAUUGCCAUGUAGUGCUGCUGAGCAUAGCAAUGUUCUUGAGCUUCUUCAGAAACUGUCAUCCCAAAACCUUGAAGAUCAACGUGGCGCUGCUGGUAUGCUUCGUCAGCUUGCCAAGCGCAGUGCUGAAAAUCGUGCUUGUAUUGGGGAUGCUGGUGCUAUUCCUAUUCUUGUUAGUAUGCUAUCAACCACUGAUGUUAGCACCCAGGAACACGUGGUCACUGCUCUCUUGAAUCUUUCCAUCUAUGAAGAGAACAAGGCAAGAAUAAUCUCUUCUGGAGCUGUUCCUGGAAUUGUGCACGUAUUAAAGAGGGGCAGCAUGGAGGCUCGGGAGAAUUCAGCUGCCACACUGUUCAGUCUAUCUAUUGUAGAUGAGAACAAGGUGACUAUUGGGUGCUCAGGGGCAAUUCCUGCGCUUGUGCAGCUAUUGAGUGAUGGAAGCCAACGGGGUAAAAAGGAUGCAGCAACAGCACUAUUUAACUUGUGUAUUUACCAGGGCAACAAGAGGAAAGCUGUUAGAGCUGGAUUGGUACCUAUACUACUAGAAUUACUCAUGGAGAUUGAAAGUGGGAUGGUAGAUGAGGCCCUUGCAAUAUUGGCAAUCCUCUCAGGCCACCCUGAGGGGAAGACAGCUAUUGGCGCUGCUUCUGCAAUACCUGUACUUGUUGGAGUUAUCAGAAAUGGAUCUCCAAGGAGCAAGGAAAAUGCUGCUGCUGUUAUGGUGCAUCUAUGCAAUGGCGAAGGCGAACAGCAGCAACAGCAUCUUGCUGAAGCACAAGAGCAGGGCAUCAUGUCUUUGCUGGAGGAGCUAGCAGAAAGUGGCACAGACAGAGGAAAGAGGAAAGCUGUGCAGCUGCUCGAACGAAUGAAUUGGUUCCUAAAGCAGCAGAGUCAAGCCCAAGCCGAAGCAGAGGCCAUGGCACAUGCUCAUGAGCAAGCACAAGCACAAGCACAAGCGCAGCCUCAGAUCCUAGUUCAAGCUCAAGCACACGCAGAUAUGCAAGCUGAGCGAUCACUACGUCCCACUUCAUCAGAUAUUUCUGAUAGAUGA